GGGGGAGAGAACGUACAGCUCUGUCCAAACAUCCUACCCUAGCUUCACAGAGUGGAGUGAAAGCUGCUGAAUGAUUGAUCUCCGCCCCUCUUCCCAGGUGCAGUGGUACGCGGGCGAUCUCUCCUGUCGCCUCCUCAUGUUUCUCAAGCUCGUUGCCAUGUACUCCUCUGCCUUUGUUACCGUGGUGAUCUCAGUCGACCGUCAGGCCGCCAUCUUGAACCCGCUGGCCAUUGGAGACGCCAAGAAGAGGAACAAGCUUCUGCUGAGCGGGGCCUGGGCUCUGAGCGUCACCCUGGCACUGCCACAGCUCUUCCUGUUCCACACGGUGAGUCGCUCCCGGCCCGUCCCCUUCGUGCAGUGCUCCACGCUGGGGAGUUUCCGACAGCACUGGCAGGAGACGCUGUACAACAUGCUCACCUUCGCCUGCCUCUUCCUGCUGCCACUGUUCACCAUGGUGCUGUGCUACUCACGCAUCCUGCACGAGAUCUCCGGGAGGAAGAUGAGGAGGAGGGGGGGCAGCGUCUCCUCAAGGGAAGUUCAGCUGCGGCAAACCAGUGACAACAUCCCCAGAGCCCGCCUGCGCACCUUGAAGCUGUCCCUGGUGCUGGUGCUCUCCUUCAUCCUGUGCUGGACCCCUUACUACCUGCAGGGGCUGUGGUACUGGUUCUGCCCAGAGAUGCUGACCCGUGAGCAGGUACCGCCCUCGCUGUCGCACAUCCUCUUCCUGUUCGGACUCCUCAACUCCUCUCUGAACCCUCUGUUCUACGGGCUCUUCACCCUCCACCUCCACAGGGAGGUCCGCCAAGCCAGACCUGAGCCCGACACCCCCUCGCUGGGGACUGGCUCCUUUCGAUCCUCCCCCCUCCACCGACAGAGAGGGGCCAGGGACCGGCCAGAGACCCCCAGCUCCCCCUGCAGCAGCCUGUGCAAAGGGAGGGUGGAGGAGAGCCUGGUGUGAAGCUGUUUGAAAUGCAGGCUUAGCUGGCAGUGCUGCAGCUAAGAUGGGAACCCCUUGGGCAGCCUGGUCCACUGUCCCAGUGCUGGUCUGAUCUCCAAGGAUGCUGGUUGGUGCCCCAUGGGACGGGCCGGCCAAUAACAGAAAGGGAGACGUCUACAAGUGCAUUGUGGGAGAGGAGAGGCACUCGAACUGCAGCGAGGUGAACCUGGGUGAGCCGCGCUGGACCGGAUCAGUGCCCCCUGCUGGAAUUCUGCACAAUGCACAGGGAAACAGGGAACAUUUACGAGAAUGAAAUCAAUACCCUUAGAAAAGUUUACCGCUGUAUUUUUAGUUUUCCCAUGCUCCAAGGACGGGAAUAAGACUCCCAUUGCACAGCAGUGUCGCCCUAAGGGUAAGAGCAGACGACAAGAAAUAACGUGAUAAAAUAUCAACGGCAAACAAGAGAGACCAAGCUUUCAAACAGGACGAAAACGCUUCAUCAUCAAAACUGUCAAACAAAAUCUAAACCUAAAAAUCAAAAAAAAAAACAUGAAAAGUUUUUCCCUUGUGUAACGCUGCCACCUGCUGGUGAGAAAGUGUCAAAGCAUCCACAUAGAAUUCAAGCCGGGACUCGUAUUGCUCCCCGAUCUGUAAUAUUAAAGCCUUAAAAGGUUCAAUAUCCUUCAGCCAGGGUUAAACACAGAGACAUUUCUCACAGAUUAUUUUUGACCAGGAGUUGAUUCGUGCCAGAUAGCGCUGAGAGACCGAUUCUUAAACACAGGUAUAUUUACCAUUAAUAAUAAUAAUAAUAAUAAUAAUAAUAAUAAUAAUAAUAAUAAUAAUAAUUAUUAUUAUUAUUAUUGCAACACCACUAAUUAUAUAUAAGAAAGGGGGGGAAAAAAACGCAUAACGUAGCAGAUUUGAACGGACGCUUCCCUUCUCUCUUGCUUUACCGCGUAUCCGAUAAUAACACUACACCGGCAUCCCUUUAUCCCACAGCCUGACAGAUGAACCGUAUGGUUAAAACGACAUGGGGGUGUUUUUUUUUUGUUGUUAUUGAAAAAAUAACUUCCCCCUCCGCUUGUCCCUCUCGUUGAACAGUCGCCUCUGCAAGCAGGUGGGAUAAUACCAGGACCAGAGGAACAGAGUAGUGCAGAUCGGCUCUCUUCUGCGCACAACGCGCGGUGCGCUGGAUCGUAAAAAAACUGUUCUGUAGAAAAACGCUUAAUGCAAGAGUCGCUUUCCCUUGAUAUUAAACGGGUUUGAUGACAAUUAUUUAAUGCAUUUAUUUAUAGUAUAUAUGUGUGUGUGUGUGUUGAAGCAGCGAUGCUG